AUGCCGCCAAAGAAGGGAGCAGACCAGCCCAAGAAGAAGAAGCCGACUGUUGAGGACAAGACCUUUGGUAUGAAAAAUAAAAAAGGUUCAACUGCCCGCAAACAGAUAGCCCAACUCGAAGCGCAAGCCCAACACAACAAGAAUGCCGAUGAGAAACGCAAGGAAGCCGAGAAAGCCCGUCGCGCCGCCGAAAAGGCAGCCAGCGAGCAAGCCAAGAGAGAAGCCCUAGAACUGUUCAAGCCGGUGCAAGUCCAAAAGGUCCCCUUUGGCGUCGACCCGAAGACCGUUGUGUGCCAGUUUUACAAGCAGGGUCAUUGCGAAAAGGGCAAGAAGUGCAAGUUCAGCCACGAUCUGAGUGUUGAGCGUAAAGCGGCCAAGAAGGAUUUGUACUCGGACUCGAGAGAUGCGGAUGCCGCUGCUAAUGGUAAAGAGAAGGACACCAUGGACCAGUGGGACGAGGCGAAGCUUCGAGAUGUGGUGCUGAGCAAGCAUGGCAAUCCGCGUACGACGACGGACAAGGUGUGCAAAUAUUUCAUCGAGGCUGUCGAGAAUCAGAAAUAUGGUUGGUUCUGGACGUGUCCAAAUGGCGGCAACAAGUGCAUGUAUCGUCAUGCUUUACCACCGGGAUUCGUCCUCAAAACGAAAGAACAACGCGCUGCUGAAAAGGCCAUGAUGGAUGAAUCGCCACUCAACACCCUCACCUUAGAAGACUGGUUAGAGUCUGAGCGACACAAGCUCACCGGCACAUUGACCCCGGUUACUCCAGAGUCUUUCGCCGAAUGGAAGAAGAGACGCCUUGACAAGAAGGCGGCCGAAGAAGAAGCUCGCAAGGCCAAAGAAGCAACUGGUCGUAUGCUCUUCGAAUCUGGCAACUGGCGUGCCACUGGAGAUGAAGACGAGGAUUCCGAAGACGAUGAAGAAGAAGAAGAUGGCGCCUGGAACCUGGAGGCACUGCGCAGAGAGACUGAGCGUUUACGUCAGCAACGGGAAGAAGAGCGUCUGGCGAAGUUGCAUGGCGGCUCUGUUCCGGGCGAGACGACGCUUGGUGAGGGAUUACAAGUUGACGGGGCUGGCUAA